CGGGGCGGGCUUUUAAUGAAGGGACGGCAGUGGGAAAGAUGGCGGCGACUCUGGGACCCUCUGGGUGGUGGCAACGGUGGCGGCGGCGUUUGUCGGCUUGGAAUGGGUCCAGGAUGUUGCUCCUUCUCCUUUUGUUGGGGUCUGGGCAGGGGCCACGGCAAGUCGGGGCGGGUCAAACCUUCGAGUACUUGAAACGGGAACACUCGCUGUCGAAGCCCUACCAGGGUGUGGGCACAGGCAGUUCCUCACUGUGGAAUCUGAUGGGCAAUGCCAUGGUGAUGACCCAAUAUAUCCGCCUUACCCCAGAUAUGCAAAGUAAACAGGGUGCCCUGUGGAACCGGGUGCCAUGUUUCCUGAGAGACUGGGAGUUGCAGGUACACUUCAGAAUCCAUGGACAAGGGAAGAAGAAUCUGCAUGGGGAUGGCUUGGCAAUCUGGUACACAAAGGAUCGGAUGCAGCCAGGGCCUGUGUUUGGAAACAUGGACAAAUUUGUGGGGCUGGGAGUAUUUGUAGACACGUACCCCAAUGAGGAGAAGCAGCAAGAGGCCCAGAAGAGGCGAUAUUCUCCAGGAGUCCAGCGGGUAUUCCCUUACAUCUCAGCCAUGGUGAACAAUGGCUCCCUCAGCUAUGAUCAUGAGCGGGAUGGGCGGCCUACAGAGCUGGGGGGCUGUACAGCCAUUGUCCGCAAUCUGCAUUAUGACACCUUCCUUGUGAUUCGCUAUGUCAAGAGGCAUCUGACGAUAAUGAUGGACAUCGAUGGCAAGCAUGAGUGGAGGGACUGCAUUGAGGUGCCAGGGGUUCGUCUGCCCCGGGGCUACUACUUUGGUACCUCCUCCAUCACUGGAGAUCUCUCGGAUAAUCAUGAUGUCAUUUCCCUGAAGUUGUUUGAGCUGACAGUGGAGAGAACCCCAGAAGAGGAGAAACUGCAUCGAGAUGUGUUCCUGCCCUCAGUGGACAACAUGAAGCUGCCUGAGGUGACCGCCCCAUUGCCGCCCCUGAGUGGCCUGGCCCUCUUCCUCAUCGUCUUCUUCUCGCUGGUGUUUUCCGUAUUUGCCAUUGUCAUUGGUAUCAUACUCUACAACAAAUGGCAGGAACAGAGCCGAAAGCGUUUCUACUGAGCCGUCCUGCUACUGCCGCCCCUGUGGCUGUCACUAUGAGGUGUGGGAGGAGCAGGCACUGGCCUGAGCAUAUAGCCUGGCAGGCCUUCUCUAGUCUCCAACAGCUGGUCAGGGACUCUGUUCUGUCACUGGAACUUUGAAUGCAGGGACACUGCAUUACCAUGGUAAUCCAUGGGGACAUCUGACUCUGGUUCAGGAAGCCCACCUACCCCAGGGCAGUGCUGCUGUGACGUGCCUUUCCCUGCAGUCCUUCCACUUGGGAGCUAAGAGGAUAGAGAGAAUUUAUGCGGUUAUGGUACUAAAAUCACAGAAAAGAAUUUCAUAGCUCAGGCUGCCUUGUUGUUGGACUCAGAGGACCCUUGUACUUCAUUUUUAAAUCUGCAAAGAAUACAACACUGAUAACUCCCCAGACCUUCAGGCUUCCAUUCAUUGCUUUUCAUCCAAGCCUCUGUCCACUUGAGGAACUUUCGUUAGAAAUCUGGAUGGAAACUUCUUCCCUGCGUUGCCUUCUCCCUCCAUUCAUCGUUCUCUCCAAAUGCAGCCUGAGCUGGAAGAGACAUCUGGAUGCCUGUCUUUUGGAGCCUGGGGCUGCAGAACAAACUUAGGUUUUGCUGACCCUCAUUAGGUGGCCAUGGGGAAAGGGCUUUUUGCUUUGGCUCACUGCUCUAGUGAUUGUUCUUUAGCGUGAAACUUGGCUCUCUUGGUUUGUGACUUUCCCAGUUGGUUUCUUUAGGCCCUCAGUCAGGUUUGACACACUUGGUGUGCAAGUCAAGAGAAACUUGGAAGACUUCAUGGAUGUAAUAGGAGUAACUGUGAAACUGCCCAGCUCCAUGUUUUGACACCAAAAGCAACAUUUGCCAUGUGGAGAUGUUUCUGGACUCUGGAGCCUGCAUGUUUUGUGUUUAUCAUGAUUUUUGGAAUCCCACUUUGAGUGUUCAAAAUGUAAGGAAGCUUUCUUUUUAUAGCCUCGGCUUGGAUACUCCCCAAAGAGGAAACUUGGCUUCUUUUUCUUAAUGGAUAAGAAACUGUUGCUGAACUCCUGUUGCAAAUCUGGGAGCAAUAGACCCUGGUCAUCUGUGCCUGGAAGGGUUCAUUGUCAUUAAGUGACAGAGGCUGAGUGUCAUCCACUGUGGGUCAAUCCUUGUUCCACUGCCUUAUCUGACAAGGGGUCAAGUGCUGCUCACCUGUCUGCCCUGUGGUUAAAUUGGCCAAUAGGCCAGUCUCCCUGGAGGGCCUGGAGCUCUGAGCCCUCCAAGCCAUGUACUUCUGUAGCCUAAGGGAAAUUCUUAAAAUGACUGAUGGAAAUCAAACAGUGUCCUUCCUUUGAGGGGUAGGUUUGGGGGAAGGUCUAGGCCUUCUUCUGAGCCCCAAGGCUGUCAACCCUUGUCCUGCCUUCUUUUGGGUUGGGAAAACCCUCAGCUCAGUCCGGAAGGAAAGGAGGGCACCUUGGCUGCAUAUAAAGUUUCUGUCAUGUUGGGCUUUUUUUCUGUCCCUCCCAUGUGCGUAAGUGAGCAUCACAGGCCACAGUGCUCUCCUAUAGGUGGGAGUAAAAUGGGGUCCUCCUAAGACCUUCCCCACAAGAGCAGAGCAGCUCCAGGAUUGGGUGCCAGAGCACAAACUGUGACCUGGAGCUUGGCCUUAGGACCACUUAGAACUGACAAAGCAAACGGCUCUUUUGUCUUUUUUGAGCUCAGGGGGAGAUUGGCUAGACCCCUGCGGUGGGAGGACCUAGGUGAGCUCUUGAGAUAGCCCAGGCAGUGGUGUGGGAGGAAGGGGUCUCAUCAUGGGGGAGGGUGUGUGUGUGAGAUGAGUUUUUUAUGUUUCCCCACUCAUGGGCUCCUUGAGGGUUUUUAAACAGGAUGGGGAAGACAUGAAAUGCAGUCCCCACCCAGCGUAGGGCCAGCCUUUGAGACAUGUGUGAUGCAAGGAAACUGUCUAACCUAGCAUGGCAGGUCAUGCCCUAGCUCUUGCUUUUUGUUCUUAGAAAUAAAUAUUUCUCAUUGUGAAUGGGACCAAAUACUGUUCUGGGCUCCAUAAUCCUAGGUGUGCCCUAGAGGAGGGAGAUGCCUGGUCUGUGGCAUGGCUCUUUUGUGCAUGUACUGUAGGGGUGGGAACAGUGAUUUUGGCAAGCUGCUUACCCCAUGUGAGCCAUUUCUCUCCUCACAGUCCCCCUUUCUCUUGGUUGCCCUCUGACUUCAGAGCCUCUUGGAGAGGAGGAGACCCUGAAGACUAGAGGUGGUGUAUAAAAAGGACACUGUUCCCUGUCCUUGUGAGUCUUGCUUUUCGUGUUGUCUUCAACCCCCAAAAUUAUAAGGUGACUCUCUGUGACAAAACUUGUUUACUUCAGUGGGAAAAUGACAACUCUGUCCUUGUUGGAAGUGGUUUCUGAACAGAAUGGCCAGAAUAUCCUUAGCCCCUUGCAUAUGUCCUAGAAGAUAGAAAUGAGAGAUUGGUAGGAAGCCCAAGGGUAAGGCUUGGGCAGGAGAAAAGCCAAGCAGACCUGGGCCAAUUAGUCUUGCAGGGCUGGAAGUUCUGGAAAAAUGUCUUGCAGGUGAUUCAUAGGUCCCUGGAGGAAUUUCAGCUCAUGGUCUGCUGCAGGAUUUAGGUUCAGAUGCUGGCCCGUGAGGACAGAAGGGUUGGCAAUGCGGGUGUUUGGUGGAUUGAUGACAUUGCUAUAUAUUUUAAGGGGAGCACUUAGCCGAAGUCCAGGUUUGAUCCAGUUCAUGGCCAAGUAAUGCUAGAGAGAAAAGGCAACUGUUAGCCUGAGGUAGUGACCUGAGGCUGUCUCUUCAGAGUCAUCCCAAGAGCAACUAGUGCCUUUGUCCCUGUCCCCAGGAUUGUCACUCACCGGGGCUGAAUAGAUAAAGUUGAACAGCAGAAGUGCUAUAAUAAAUAUGAUUGCAGCGGCUAUGAUUUUAAAGUGGUAGCGUUUCCAGAAAACGUGACACAAGGUUGUAACAGGUAUCCGAAACAAGAACGAGGUGUUGGGUCGUCUGUCCAUAAGCAGAGGAAAUGUCAGAGGAUGGAAGGCAGAGAGAACCUUCAGGUCAAGUAAUCUGGACCCAAGAACUUUCUUUUUUAAAACAACUUCUGCUUACUUGUGUGUCCCCAGCCCCCCAUUUCCCCUUCACUAAGGCUGUUCUCUCCUGAUUGUAGCUGAGCCCUGAGCCGGGAUGCUAGGAAGUAAUUAACCUCUCUCCACUUAUAGGCCCGAUGUUCACCACUCUAUUCAAAUUGCCGGGCCUAGCAGCUCAGCUUUGUGAAUGAGGAAGAAAGAUUUUGUGCCUUUGUCCCACAGGACCCUUACAGGGGAGGAUGAAGUGUAGGGUACUGGUUGGGUUCUGAGUGGCCUCGCCCUGCUGGCUUGAUUAGGGCUUCCUUCUCUGACAGAAUCUCCAGCGUCAUCUUCACUUUACCCUAGAAACACCAUAGGUGGUGGGAGGCUGAGUUCAUUACAACAGGUGCGAGAAUAGUUUAAGACCCCUUCCCAUAGAAAGGAAAAGGGAUUUAGCAAAGGUCCCCAGAAGUCUGUUAGAGCCAAGUUACGUGGCAUAGUAGUCCUAUGCAAUAGACACCUUCCCCAGCUCCUACCGACAAGCGCCAUUUGCCACCAUCGAGGACCUGGCAAGGCCACCAGCCCGUUACAGUCUUCUUCUUGAAGAGGGAGACGUGCUUAUACUGGAGGAAGUAAGGCCACUUGGAAUCUGUAUCCAUCAUCCUGAUGGAGCACAUAUUGGCGUGCCGGGCUGGUAGAGGCAUGUCAGAUAAAUCCAGCUCCAGGACCCCUGAGCCCAGAGAAAUGCUGUCAGCAAGAAGGAGCUCCCUGUCCUGUGGUCAUGGACCCUAUUCCAGAUCUCACCUAGGAAGUCAUCAGCGGAGAAGAUGUCGUUGUCCCAGAUCUGGAUGAUGAGCCGGGCUGGGAACUUCAUCACUGUGGGGUCCAGGCUCCAUAUGUAGUCCUGGAGGGUGACAGAAGAGCGUAUUCCUGGCCUGUCUCCCUUGAGAUUGCCCUUGGCCCCCUUAGUAGCCCACUACCCAGCAGUGAUAGACUCUCAGAGAAGUUUCUGCCUGAGGCCACAUUCCAAGUGUUCAGCUUAUAGUUCUCUGAGGAAGCGGGAGAGGGAGCACAGCCCCCACCCCCACUCCCAGUUCUGUUACCUUCUGGCUCUGGACACACAUAUGCUCAGCUGCGAGGUAGUCCAUGGUGAAGAUGAACCGCCAGUUGAAGUCGCUCUUCCCAGUGAGGGAGUAGUAGUGGAUAUCUGUCUUCUGCAUGUCCUUCUCUAGCCCGAAUAGCCACCUGGGGCGAAAGUCAUUUCACCUGGGGUUCACAUGUAUUGUCCCCCUCCCCUUCCCCUUGUGGGAAGCACUGCUCAACAGACACCAGGCACGGGUGGGAGUGGAGAGAUGUGGCCCCAGAAUUGGGGGUGGGAGGCAUAGGGAUGUUACAACUAGGGAACUCUGAGGGAACACUGCUGGAGCCCUGCCAUCUUUCUCACCCUUUGACAUAGAUGUCGCUUAUCUCGCCAGAUAGACUUUUCCCCAGGUCCAUUUGGGCAGUUUUCCAAAUGAUGCAGCGCAGCUCAUACCUGCAGCCACUGUAGUCUGAGGCUUUGCUGAGGAAUAGCUCCCCAACUUGGUGCAGGAAGACAGGCCUGGGAGGCUGCCCUCCAUGCCCACACCAGGCACGCCACAUUUGGGAGGAUGCAGGGGAAGGAAGCUCCCAGGACUCCCCAGAGAAGGAAGGAAUUUGCUGUUCCUUAGUGUGUGAGCACACCCAUGUUCCGUGCCCUGGGAAGUACAGUGACGGGGAUGAGGUAGGUCACUUACCUCUUAGGCUUUCUGGGCUGGAUGUUGACUGGGGGGCCAGGAGGCCCAAGCUUCUUGGGAAAGAUGUCCACCCACAUUUGCACCUUUCCCUAGAGUGGAGAUGGAUUAGCUGGCUGGGGGUUGCCAGCCUCUGUUCUGAGCAUGCUGUGACCGGGAAGCCCUGUCCCAGGUUCUGGGGUCUGUGGAGGCUGUGUCCCCACCAUAGGAGGGUGGGGUAAGGAGAUGGAAUGGACUUCAGACAGGAAGUCUGGCAACUCCCCGCCAGAUUCCCUUUUCUCAUUUUGGCUGGAAGAAUGGUACAGAGUAAGGCUGGUAGUGUAUGAUGGCUUCAAGGCUGAUGGCCACAGCGGGUUAUCACUUGUGACUGGGGGUUAAUGCUGUUGAGCAGGCCGUGCUACUCAGCCUCUCUGGACAGAGCACCACAGUAGGGUUGGGGCUUCAUUAACCAGCUUAGCGGCCCCAAGAAAGAGCAAACUAGAUGGUCAGUCCAAGUGUCCAGUUUGCUUUAUGUUGUGUAAGCAUAUUGUAAGGGUAUGAAGCUGUCCACCAAACAUAGAGGUCUGUCUUAAGAAAGGAGGGAUGAAAAUGGUGAGAAAAAGGAAGAGAAAAAACUAAAAGAGUAGAACUACUAACACUGGAAGGUAUAGACAAAUAUAUUCUUUCAAACUGACCUCAUUUUAUUCUUUUGAAGUUGACCCCAUUUAAGAAAACAGGUUUAAUGAGAAUGGUUUAUAAAAAGUGCUCAGCAGAGAACUUUGUGUCUGGAAUGUGGUAUCAGCUUGAGAAAUUUGGAGAAUGAGAUGAGCUGUUCUGGUGGCUGGAGGGUAGAGGGUGGAUGAUAAUUAGGGUGCCCAUGGGGAUUUUUAUUCCUUCUGUUUGGGGUUCCUUGCCAUGGAGAAAACACAGCCUGCAAUUAACAGGUAAGCCAGGGUUGUAAUGUCUGCACAUCUGACCCCAGGUGCUACCUCCCCACCCUCCCUCAGGAGAGACUAAAGCAGCGUAGGCACUGGCUGGUAAGGUUGCGCCUUACCGCUUCUACCAACUGAUGUACGGCCUAGGUUUCUUGUAGAUGACUUUUCCUGCUCCGAAUUUCUCCAUUCUGAGUGACAUCAUUGGAACUUCUCACUUCUAACAGAACAUGCUUAUCUUUUGUGCGCAUGCAUCUGUGAAUGCUUGGCCUCCCCUUCCCCUCUCAUCAUGGUUAUGUCCUGGAUGGAUGGGCUCCCUGGUCUCCUGAUCCAGCCCCUCGAGCCUCAUACCUGGUCGAUGCCUGGCUGGCUGUCGCUGUAUAGUGUGCGGGUCUCCACAUGCUCAGGGACCAGCCCCUGGGUGUGCAGGAGGUACAGUGCAAGGCGUUCUUUCUUAGGUCCCAAAUAACGAACAGUAGGGGGCUUGGGCUCUAGAUGGAAGGAGGUGGAAGGGGAAGGGAUCACGAGGUUGUUAGCUUUCCUGUCUCCCAGGCAGGCGCGCCCCCUUCCCUACCCCAGCCUGGACAGUGGCCAUGGUUGCCCUCCACAAGAGGAAAGGGCAAAAUGGGGCAGGUGCCCUCUCGUUUCAGAGGCCUGUCUCUGUGCCUUCCACCAGCAUGCUGGUGUACUUCUCACCAAAGCUUUGCAGUCUGAAUUGUUUCCCAUUGUAAAAAACAGAGUCCUCCUCAGGAUUGAACAGAGGCGGAGGCAGCCCUUUCUGUUUGGCAUGGCGUUCCAAGAGGAAGCUUGGGUGCAUUUGAUCCCGCCACCUAAAGGGCCCUGACCUGUGAGGUUAAGGGAGAGGAACAAGUGGGGAGGUUUGGGUCCUGGAGAACAUUCUGCUUUGAACUGCAGGAUGAGCAGUGGUGGGGGCAUGGAUGGAGCCAGGUUCGGGCCCUGGUUCCCCAGCCUGGGAUGCAACCUCUGCAAAGGGAACUGGGGGCUCCCUCCUCCACCCCUCCCCUAUUCUCUUGCCCAGCCUCAGGUGUACUUACUGGCAGUAGGAUUUGGAGAGCCCACAACGGGCUCCAAAGCCAGACAAGAGUCGGUUUUCAAGGUCAAUGACUGUGGUUCCAAUCUUAUCAUCAGGUGAAAACAGGUCAAAGUCAUAUAGCUGGAUCUCCAGGUCUUUCUCCAGGGGGAUGGUACAGCUGAGUUCAAACAUCCUAGGGGUGAGGGUGUUGGACACUGCAGACUGCGCACCAUGUUAUCUACAGGCCUCCCUGUCUAGCAUCUCAGCCGCUUGUUUGGUCAUGGUGAAUAUGGAGAGCAGAGCCUGGGGUGGCUGUCACCUGCCAAUAACUAUCCCCUAGCUAUGGCUAGAAACAACUUUUGGUAGGCCUGGGUUGUGGGACCCUGAACUCCUUUCCCAGGCAAAGUGUUUGAGAAGGAGGGUAGAACUGACCACCCUUCCAUCUGUUGAGCACUGUGAGACCCCGUGCUAGGAACUCAGAGGUUAGAAAGAAAUGCAAGAGUUGUUCGCCUUCUGGAGCUUACUCCUGGAGAAGUGUGGGAUUGGGUGAGUUGGGGCAGCUCACAUGCCAAAGAUGGGAUCCACAGUGUUGGGCUGGUACUUGUGCCGGUUGCCAAUCUUUGUCUGUCCCAGUUUCAGGAUCACAUAAGGGUCACACUGGGGUUCAGUCAUAGGGAGGGAAAUGUGACAGGAAAUGGAAAGUCAGCCCAGGUUGGUCAGGGAGGGUGGGGGUGGGGCAGAAGUGAGCCCCUCGUACCAGAUGGAGCCUGUGGUGAGGUGGCGGUCUGGGUAUCCGCAGCCUGAGGGAGCUCCAGGACCCUGUGGGAGGCACCUGGGCUGGGUGGGCCCGGGGACCAUGAACACCAUGGGUUUGGGGCUGCUCAUUACCAGGCCGUUGGCAUCUUGGGGCUGCAGGUUGAUUGCUCGGACUAUGUACACUCGCACCAAGCACUCCUGAGGGAAGUCCUCUUUCUCACGCCAAACUGUGAACUGGCGAGGGGGCUUGGGGGCUUCUGGAUCCUCAGGAAAGGGGUAGACGCGGAAAAGGCCCUGUGUGUGUGUUGGGGAGGGAAGGUGUUGGCAGUGCGGGCCCGGCUCUGUUAAGCCCUCCAUGAGGUGCCCCUGGUCUAAGCUCAAGCGAGAGCAGGCUGUGUUGAGGAUGGCAGGGAUGGAAGGCCGCAAGGACAGGAGAGGGCGGGUGCGGCAGGGACUCCACAGGGACAACUGUGUUUAGGAAGAGUGUUGGGUAAAGAACUCUAGUCAUUAGGUGAGUUUCCAGUUUCUGCUGAUGCGGACCCCCAUUCCAUGCCUGUCCAUCCCUUCGGGUUGGAACUUGUUCUCUAAGGCUUAUAGGUUUUGGGAGCUCAACGUAGGCCGGAGCUGGUGUGAGGAGGCCCCUGCCCAUCCUAUGUAAAGGGAGGUCACUCUAAAUCCCAGCAUAGGUCACCUUCUGCUCCCCUGCUCCCUCAACUGUUUUUCAAGCCCUCCCUGCCCUAUCCUCUCACAGAGCAUAGAGAGCCAGGGCUUUUAUUAGAGUCUUCUGGUGACAGAAGGGGCACAGGAGACAGGGGCAGCUCAGCUGGGGUGGACAUGCACCUUGAACUCCCCUACCACAGGGCUGUCCAACUUGGGCUCUUCCUGGUAGAGUUUAAAGGUCUGGCAGAAGUCCUGCAGGCCUUCGAAGGUGGGCACAGCCUCCAGCUCGCAGUCAUACACCUGCAGGAGGGUGCAUGGGACCCAGGCUGGUGGGGAGAGCGGGCUCAGCCAGAGGGGGACCAUUCCUGCCAUCAGGGGGCUGAGGGGCCACCAGUUCCUAGGUCUGGCUUCAAAGCAUCUGCCUGGUCGGUGGCCCCAGAGUCAGCACCUCCUGCUACAGGUGGGGCAGUCCUGGUUCCCAAAAAGGCAUGGCUGGUGGAGGUGUGGCCUGGAGUCUUAGGGAGACAAGAAGGAAACUACCCCCUCUCCUGCCUGCCCCCAUCCCCGCUGGUAGUUCCUAGAGGAAUCAGGGUGAGGUUUGCUGGUCUCUGCCAGCAGAUUUUAUUCCGAGUCUCAGCAGUCUCCCCCCUAGAGGCCUCCAAACCUUCAGGGUGUGGUAGUCUUUGUGCUUGUACUGCAAGGACUUGGCAUCUCCUGUGGCCCAGAACAGCUUGUUCCACCAGUCCACUUCAUGCUCGUAUUCGUCCUGGCAGGGAAGGUCAUUCUGGCCUUCAGGGAGAAGGCACAGUGGCCUUCCUCUGCCCAGGGUCAUGCUGCCCCCUGCCUCCCUGAGCUGCCCAGAGUCGUUCCUUUGUUCCCUGAGUCUGAGCCUACGUCACCUCAGCUUUGCUGGACUCGAACCAGAACUUUUCAUAGAGGUAAUCUAGGACCUGAAAAGUGAGAGCAGGAGAGUGGGUGAGGUAUGGUGUCCCCUGCCUGGCCCGCUCACCAUCCCUGACUUCUGAGGAGAAAGGGAGUGGAGGGCAGGGCUCCCUUCCCUGGCUCCCUUGCUCCUCAUGGAGUCCUUUCAAUUCCAAGAUCGUCAGACAUGGGUUUGGGGACCAGAAGGAGGGUAAGCUUAGUUCUUAUCCUCAAUGCCCACAGCUUCAGAUGGAACUCUGGGAGGGCCCAGAAAUGCAGAACCUGAAGCUUCGCCCCAGGCCUACCAAGUCAGAACCUGCUUUUGCUCCAGAUGUCCCCAAGAUGCCUGUGCAUUCAGGUUUGAUAAGUGCAGCUCUCAAGGGAUAGUUCUGAACCUUGAAAACAUUGAAAUCACUGGAGAGGGGUGGGGCUUGAAAAAAAUGCUGAUACUUGGGUCCUUCCCGCUAGCUAUCCUGUGGCCUGGCUACAGCAUUUCUUUAAACUCUUGGACUGUUCUAACAUGCUGUCCACAUUGGGAAUCACAGCUUUAGAGUUCUCAUGUACACUGAGAGCACAUGUCUCAGAACUCUGUUUAAUCUCCGCUUCUCCUCGGGGACAAGGGCUGCUCCCUGUAAAUGGUGUAGAAGAAGGUGGGACCUUGAGCCCUUUACUCACCUUCUGGUACUUGUUCAUAGACAGCACUGAGGAGAAAGAGCAAUCAUGAAUCUCAGGAGCAGCAAUAAGGGUGAGGAGGAGGGACACCAGCCCCGCAGGGCUGCCAUGGCUGCCCCACUCCCAGUGCCAGCUUAGGAGUGAGGCUGGGAAGGGCAGGGGGAAAGGGCCAUACUUGGAAGCUGUGGAGGCACGUAGUCCUCAGCCCAGGGGUCGCAGAAGUAGGGCUGUAGGGAGUUGAUGUUGGCCUGACCCACCACAGUCUGCUGGCCGAAGUCCUGACUGUCCACCACCUUCAAUGUGAGGGGUGGCGCGUAGACCUCCUCCAUAGGCAUGAACUGCAGCCCCAAGGAGAGGCCCGGGCAUGAGGCCUCCCAGGGGAGAGGGCUGCCCCAGCCCCUGCUUUGCCCGAGGUUGCCUUACCACUGUGAGGAAGAGGACUGACUGGGUGAAGUUGGGGUUGGUCUGGAAGUCCUUGAUGGGCUGUGUCUGCAGGGACUCUUCCCAGCAUUCUACCAGGAGCUGGGGGGAGCGCACCUGCUUCAUGUUCCGAAGGCCCCAGAUCAGGAUCUGCCAGAACAGAGAAGGAGGGGCAGGGCAAAGGACAGACAGGGCCUCUGUACUGGGGUCCUGGCCAGAGAGAGGGGACUAUCCUGGGAGUGAUGAUGCAUCAGGGAGUAUCCAGGGCCCGGGAAUGAGCUGGACAAAGUCAGAGUCUAAAGGUUACCCAGUCUCCCUUCCUGUGGGGGAUCAGUGCUUGUCCUCAAGGCCUCCGUGAGGGAGUGCCCUCUGGCUACUGUGAUAUCCUUCACUGACCUCCAGGGCCCCUUAGGUAUUGUCCUUCCUCCCCUGCUGCUUUGUCUGGCCUCCAGUCACUGCUCAGGAGUGAGUCCCUAAGGCUGGCUGCCUUGAAGGCCCAGAGUAGCGGGGGGGGGGGGGGGGGGUGUCCAGAUUUCUCAGGUGUCCCUUUUGCUAUCUAGCUCACUGGUGACUCAGAUCCCAUAGAAUUCCAUGGUCAUUUAGUGUUCUCAAGUGACAGACACUGGGCACCCCAGAAAACAUCCAUGCUGUUACUCAUGAAGGCCUCUUCAGGGGACCAGAGUGGGGUUGCCUGAUCUUGGCCGGGGGGGGGGGGGUCUCCAGGGUCAGGAGGACCUGACCAGAUUUGUGGCUGGGCACAAAGGUUCCGACGUGGGGACCUCCAGGCUACUGUCAUUUGGAGUCAGGCAGGGCCAGGCCCAGAUUCUGGCUCUGCCACUUAACCCUGUGUCACUGUGCAUGGGCUCUCCGCUCUCUCAGAGCCUCAGUUUUGUCUGAAAAGUGGUCCCUACUGUAGAGGGCCAUCGAGGGGCUUGGAUGUGGUAAGGAAUGCCAAAGCCCUUUGUCUAUGACCUGCCACAGAGGAUGUCAUUAAAAUAAUUUAACCUAUUCUA